GGAACAAAGGGGGGACUUACCCCCACGGCUUCCUCCGUGCUCUUUCCAGUUUCCACAGCAAACACACAUUCCCCCACCGGAAAGCGGACGUCAGCAUCGCCGUUCACUUUAAAAACACUUUCUUAACUCCCUAAACUGCCCCCGGGUUUUAUCCAAUUGCCUCAAUCAACUCCUAAAACUUAGGUGCAGCAGAGAGGUAGAACCGUCUUUUCGGGGCAAAGGCAGCUACACUCCCGACGGCACAAAAUGCCGUAGGCGACCUCAAACGGUCCCGUUUUGAUAGUCCCAGCCGGCGAACUGACAACUGCGUUGUCUCGGCUCUUCGUAAAUGUAUCAAUUAAUAUAUGCGAUUCUUUACUUUAAUUGCAGUCUCGAUUGAUGCCUUUUCUUCCUAGGGUUUUAAAUUUCUACCCUUCUUUGUUUCACUUUUAUCGAUUCAGCUCGAUUCGAUAGACAUCGUCUUGCUCUCUCUGCAUAUCAGCGUAUCACAAGCAAUAAUUGCAUGUUCUAUCUCUUUGUACCAUGCGAUCCAUGUUGUACUGAGUUGUUCUUGAGUGUCAGAUUGGAACUCUGAUUGUGUGAAAGUUUAGUAUUUGGAUCUGAGAUCAAUGGCGGAUCAAGAGGAGGAUGAUUUGCGCAUGGCGUUGCGAAUGAGUAUGCAGCAGUCGGCGCCCGAGCCCAAGAGAAGCAAGCCACGGGAGGGAGGCGGCCCUGGAGAGUCUACGGGGGAAUCGCCAGAGGCCAAGAAUCGGAAGUUGCAGCGGGAGCUCAUGGCUGCUGCAGCAGAGAAGCGCAUGCUGGAGGCGAAGAACUCGACGGCUGCGGCUGCUUCUGCUCUAGGUUGCAAGGUUGAAAAAAAUGCUGCUGUUUUAAAGGAGACAAAAGGGCGUGGUGCCGGUCAGGGAAGCGAGAAAAUUUUGUUUGAAAAUAAGGGGAGAGACGUGAAUUUGGGUAAAGAGCUUUCAGAAGUUGAAGCUAGUGAAUUGUUUUCUAUGAUGUUUGGGAAUGAAGUUACAAAGGGUAUUCUUUCGCAGUGGAGCAAUCAGGGUAUAAGGUUUAGCCCUGAUCAAGAAACAUCUGUGGGGCUAGUGCAGCAUGAAGGCGGGCCGUGUGGCGUCUUAGCAGCCAUACAAGCAUUUGUUCUUAAAUACCUUCUUUUUUCCCCAGACGAGUUUGGUAAAUUUGCACCGAAUAUGCCACUAAAUUGGAGUCCAAGGAGAUUCUCUAAAAGUCAGUAUGUCUCAUUGGACCAUUUUGCUUCACUUGGUGAAGCUGAAAAAACAAGAGCCCUGAUUAGAAGUAUGGGUGAGAUAUUGUUUUUAUGUGGAAGCAAUAAAACGGCUGUGAUUGCAACCCUGAGCGUUUUAGGCUGUGAGGAUGAGGGACCUGAAUGCAGCUUGAAGGAUGAGAUUAUUGUAAAAGCCCUCGAAGGUAUUUCAAUUGAAUCAGCUUCAGAUUUACGGAAAAUUUUAAGAGUUAAGGCAUAUGCUUCACUUACAAGUGCAUUUCAGAGGCUGGAAGCAAUGAUUCCUGUUUUUCAAAGUCGUAUGGGAGCAAUGCUAUUCCUUAUCUCUGCUUUACUUUCUCGAGGACUGGACUCCGUUCAAGCUGACAGGGAUGAUCCUACUCUGCCUUUAGUCACGGCACCUUUUGGCCAUGCCUCACAGGAAAUUGUGAACCUACUGCUCUGUGGGCAGGCUGUCCCAAAUGUGUUUGAUGGAAGGAUGGAUUUAGGCGGGGGCAUGUUUCUGAAGGGCAUAUCCACUAGUGUAGAAGUUGGAUUCCUCACCCUGCUAGAAUCUCUCAAUCUCUGUAAGGUUGGCCAGUAUCUGAAGUGCCCAAAAUGGCCAAUAUGGGUUGUUGGGAGUGAGUCCCAUUAUACAGUGUUAUUUGCUCUUGAUAUCACUGUUCAAGAGGAGAAUGAACUGGAGGGGAGAGAAUGUCAAAUCCGGAAAGCUUUUGAUGUUCAAGAUCAUAGUGGAGGUGGCGGUUUCAUUAGUGUGGAAGGUUUUCAUCAAGUCCUUAGGGAGACAAAUAUCAGCCUCCCACCUGGGAAGCUUGAUCAGCUUUGCAGCACAGGCUUUAUUGUAUGGAGUGAAUUCUGGCAGGUUAUUUUGGAUGUAGACAAGAGCCUGGGUGGCUUAAAAGAUUCAUCGGGAUCAAUGGGUAAGAAGGUGUUUGAUCUUUACCAUUUUAAUGGGAUUGCAAAAUCAGUUUCCAAUGGCAGCCAAACCUCCUCCGGAAGUGAGACUCCUGUACAGAGACCUAGGCUCACCAAAUUGAGAGUUUCAGUUCCCCCAAGAUGGACUCCUGAGGAAUUCAUGGCAGAUAUGGCUGUGCCAUCUGGAUCAGGUGUGCAUGAUUCAACCAUGAAAGACACGGUUGUUGAAGUGUCUAAACCUGAGCAAUCUCAGAUUGCUCCAUUAGUGGACUGCAUUAGGACUCGUUGGCCUCGUGCAAUUUGCAAUUGGGAGGGGGAUCCCCCUAGCAUAGUGUAAGUUACUGUUUCACCCUAUUUGAGAUCCUAUAAUGUGUUUUUAUUACUGGAAAUAUGAAGAGCUCUAAAUUGGAAACAAACUGUAGACGAAGUGAAGAAAUGAAGUCCUUUUGCCGGUCCUGCCUGCUGUGGGAGUAGGUUUCCCUACUUUAAAAUCUUCGUGUGCGAUCUGUUGCUUUGAAAUUCCUAAUUCGAUUUUGAGAUGCCAAGUACUGAACAGAAAGAAGAUUGUCAUAUCUAUUGUCUAUUUUAUGUGUAAAAUUCAUUCGUGUUCAUUGUUCUUGGCUAGAGAAGUUUUUGCAUUUUGGGGAGGUCGUCAAUAAACACAAUCACCGACUAUUCUUGCUGUUGAAAUUGUUGUAACAGUAAAACUCUGACCCCCUGCUGUUAUUAUGGUGCAUUUCAUGUCAUAGGGAGGUCCUGUAAUAAUACAAAUAUAUCAGUUAUGGUUUUCUCGAGUUUGAAAUUGUUCCAGAAA